CGUCCUGGACGUCGAACAGUGUGCCGAUGCGGUCGUCGUGAGUUGGUUGCGUUUUCGGUUCGCAGCGGGGAAAACCGGUAUUAUCUCGACAAUGAAUAAAAUGGCGUACUUUUUCGUUUUCGCGGCUUUGUGCGGUUUUGUGGAGCAAGGCCAAGCAAUCGUCUGCUACCAAUGCAACAGUCACAACGACUCCCGAUGCAUCAUGGAGGACCUGCCGGACACGCUGCGGCAGCCGUGCAAGUCCACUGACACAAUGUGCAGGAAGAUCAGCCAGGUCGUGGAGUUCGAGAUGAACGGCAUGCCCCCGGAUAACAGAGUCAUCAGAGGGUGCGGGUGGGAUGAAAGCAACUACAAGGGCCGUUGCUACCAGCGAUCAGGGUUCGGCGGAAGACAAGAGGUCUGCUCGUGUCUGACCGACGGCUGCAACUCAGCGUCGUUACCAGUUAUGGGAACAACAGUGAUGCUCCUCACGCUAGCACUCCUGAAGUUCUAGCCAUUACUCUCCAACCAACUGUAGUUUCACGGGUGACUUGUGUUCAUCAUAGUUCGAAGGAUAAUUUAAAUCGGAAGAUCACGAUACAUUGAUGUAAACGUUCUCUAAAACUAAAAAUAAAUCUAAAGAUAUAUUUCAUAGAUAAUAUUAGACGCUGUUAAUACAUCGCACUGAAAGACAAAUACGCUAAGCAAAUUAGCAGUACAAUGUAAAUAAACGAUAAACAGUUCAAGUAACAUUGAUGUGUUAACGCAAACAUGACCUAAAUGCUAGAACAAUAAAGUCCAUGAUAAUACAAAAGUGCGGCAAAGCUCUGUUAUAAUAUGAUAACGUUAAAAGUUAUAUAUUACAUCUAGAUCUUUAUUGUUGUGUUUGAGAAUGUUAGUAGUACCUAGAUAUUAAUUAAAUGGUUUUUAAUUAGAUGUUUUUCAUUCA